AGUUUUUAUACCCAUUUACCCUCUCUUCUCUCGCAAGUCGCAACCGCCACUCCCUCUGCCUCUCCCUUCCUCCUCCCUUCACUCUCUCUCUCUCGUUAUCAAGAUCUUCUUACCAGAAUUUGGGUUUCUUGAGUUAUUAUCACUUGUUUCUACUCUCUCUCUUUCUCCGAGAGAAGUUCUGUUCAUCAUAGAAAUGGCAGGAAGCGGUGUGGUUACAUUAUACGGCAACGGAGCUAUCACAGAGGCCAAGCAAUCCCCAUUCUCCGUCAAGGUGGGUCUAGCCCAGAUGCUCCGUGGUGGUGUAAUCAUGGACGUUGUUAACGCCGACCAAGCCCGUAUCGCUGAAGAGGCAGGUGCAUGCGCGGUCAUGGCCCUAGAGCGUGUCCCUGCGGACAUCCGCGCACAGGGCGGCGUCGCUCGCAUGAGCGACCCAGGUCUUAUUAAGGAGAUAAAGCAAGCUGUCACGAUUCCCGUCAUGGCCAAGGCUCGCAUCGGUCAUUUCGUCGAAGCCCAGAUCCUCGAAUCUAUCGGCAUCGAUUACGUCGAUGAGAGCGAGGUACUUACUCUGGCAGACGAAGACAAUCACAUCAACAAGCACAACUUCAGAAUCCCUUUUGUCUGUGGUUGCCGCAAUCUUGGCGAAGCCCUUCGUAGGAUUCGCGAAGGCGCAGCCAUGAUUCGCACCAAGGGAGAGGCUGGGACUGGUAACAUUGUCGAGGCCGUGAGACAUGUAAGGUCAGUGAUGGGCGAUAUUAGGGUCCUGCGUAACAUGGAUGAUGACGAGGUCUUCUCCUUCGCUAAGAAGAUUUCUGCUCCCUAUGAUCUCGUGAUGCAGACUAAACAGCUGGGUAGGCUCCCUGUUGUUCACUUUGCUGCAGGGGGGGUUGCUACUCCAGCCGACGCGGCUCUGAUGAUGCAAUUGGGUUGUGAUGGUGUAUUUGUUGGGUCUGGUGUGUUCAAGAGUGGUGACCCUGCUCGCCGUGCUCGGGCGAUUGUUCAGGCUGUGACCCAUUACAGUGACCCUGAUAUUCUUGCUGAGGUGAGCUGCGGGUUGGGUGAGGCCAUGGUGGGACUCAAUCUCAACGAUGAGAAGGUGGAAAGGUUCGCAGCGCGUUCGGAGUAGGCAUUGAAGGAAAGAAAAUGGUGCUUGGAGUUGAGCUAUGGACGUGGUGCUCGUCGAUAUAUCUGUUUUCCUUCAUCUGUUGUCCUGGUAGCUUUUGGGAAAUGUUGGUGGGAUUUACUUUGUUUUUCCCUAUUUACAUAUACUUAGUGAGGUUUAAGAUUGAUUUCUUCCCUGUUACUGAAGAGUCUUUGUUGGUAAGAAGUCAAUUUCAUGUCUUGAUUAGAUUAUAUUACCAGAAUAAUUAUUCAGUUGUUGA